CAACGCAACCUGGAUAUGCUCAGCAUGUCUUGUUCAAACAAGCCACCUUUCUAUUAACCCAGAUAGGGAAGGGUAGUGAAGGGCAGAAAGCUGGCGACUGCCAUUCAUGUAUAGAAAGACUUUUUGCAACUGUUUUCCUUCCUGAAGCCUGAGGAACUGAGGGGCAGGGUGGCUGUGGUGUGAGUCAGUGUCAUCUUACAUCCUGCUAUCAGCAUCUGAGCGCCGGAGACGCAGCAGCAAACUGUGGGGUGGCAGCACUGAAUGGACAGAAUAUGGGGUCAGAUGAGGCCUACAACUUUGUCUUUAAGGUGGUUCUAAUAGGAGAAUCUGGUGUAGGAAAGAGCAAUCUGCUGUCCCGCUUCACCAAAAACGAGUUCAACCAUGACAGCCGGACAACCAUCGGGGUGGAGUUCAGCACACGGACAGUGCAGCUCAGCGGCUUCACCAUCAAGGCCCAGAUCUGGGACACAGCCGGGCUGGAACGAUACCGGGCCAUCACUUCUGCGUAUUACAGAGGUGCUGUUGGAGCCCUGCUGGUCUAUGACAUCACUAAACACCUGACUUACGAGAGUGUGGAGCGCUGGCUGAAGGAGCUGUUUGAACACGCUGACCCCCACAUCGUCGUCAUGCUGGUGGGCAACAAGAUCGACCUGAACUCAGAGAGAUCUGUGCCCACUGAGGAGGCACGAGCCUUUGCAGAAAAGAAUGGUUUGUUGUUUCUGGAGACCUCUGCUUUGGAGUCAACUAAUGUGGAGGCAGCAUUCAACAGUGUCCUCACAGAGAUUCACAGGAAGGUGAGCAGUAAAGAAGUGGUUCGGGGCUCCAUCAGUGCUGUGACUUUGAACAGAUCCAGAGCAGAAACCACAGAGGAGAAGAAGCCCUGCUGCAGGAACAUCUGAUCACAAGGUCCUGAAGGAGCCCAGAGGCCUCCAGGAGGGCAGCAGGUGAAAUCCUCCUUCACCCACAACUCUGAUCAAGAGCUCGAAGAGAUGUGGGCGAGACGGCAACCAUGUUAAUGGUCCUGGCUUCAGUGAGGCCACUUUGAAAUGACUGAUUUUCAAAUUUUACAAGCUGCAUGGUGGUAUAAGGUAUUCAAAAGAUCCUUCCUACGUGUGAAUGAAUGUAGCUGGAGGCCACCAUCAACAGCUGGAUAUUAACUGUGUUUCCUCUAAGUUAAUAUAUUUAUAAUCCAUGCAGAGAAUUGGAAUAAUGUAGACAUAUCAUGGCAUGGGUGAUGUUUUUAAUGAAAAUGACACAUGACGGUUUUUGUGUUUUCUGAAAAUCAACUGACUGACUGGGUGAGUUGAAUAGAAACUGCAGUGUCCCUCCAUGUAUGGACUGUGAGUCUUGCUGUCACUGCUGUGCAUUUGCGCCAGCUGAUGAUCACAGAUGAGUCAGAUUGCAUUUCUGUUAAGAAAUAAACAACUUAUGGAGA